AUGAUCCUCAAGGAUGACACUGAGCAAGUGAUGCUGCUCAAUUCACCUUACCCGGGAUCAAUUUCCUCACUCCGGAUAUUAAGGCUGGAGAAACCUGUGGAAGGAGAGGAGACAUGCAGGCUGCUGGGAAAGUUUGAUUUACAAGGGUAUACAGAAUCGACCAACCACUCGCUCAUUAUUGGAGGAAUGUUCCCUAUUCAUUCCAGGACUAUCCCAGAAAACGAGUCUAUUUCGGAGCCAGUUUCACCAAAAUGUGAAGGAUUUAACUUCCGCGGUUACCGCUGGACCAAAGCCAUGAUCCAUACGAUCCGUGAGAUCAAUGAGAGAAAGGACAUCCUCCCCAACAUCACCCUGGGCUACCAGAUCUUCGACACAUGCUUCACCAUCUCCAAAUCCGUGGAGGGGACCCUGUCGUUCCUGACGGGGCAGAAUGAGACAAAACCCAACUUUCGGUGCAGUGCCGGGGCGCCUCUAGCAGGGAUUGUUGGGGCCGGUGGGUCAUCGCUCUCAGUGGCUACUGCAAGGAUCCUAGGCCUCUAUUACUUUCCUCAGGUGGGCUACGCCUCUUCCUGCUCAAUCCUAAGUGACAAAUACCAGUUUCCAUCUUUUAUUCGAAUGAUAGGAAGUGAUAAGCACCAAUCCACGGCCAUGGUCCAACUCAUCAAGCAUUUCGGGUGGGUAUGGGUGGGCACUGUAGCUGCCGAUGAUGAUUAUGGAAAAUACGGGGUGAAAACGUUCAAAGAACUGGUGGAGGACAUUCACGUUUGCAUUGCGUUCUCCGAAACCCUCCCCAAAAUAUAUUCCAAAGAAAAAAAUCAAGCCGUGGUCAAGGUCAUACAAGCCUCCGCAGCCAAGGUCGUUGUGCUCUAUUCUUCCGAUAUUGACCUCAUCGGUUUUGUAUUAGAAAUCCAGGCCAGCAACAUCACAGACAGAACCUGGAUCGCCAGUGAGGCCUGGAUUACCUCAGCACUCAUCGCCAAGCCAGAAUAUUACCCAUUUCUCAAGGGCACCAUAGGGAUGGCCGUCCGGAAAACCGAGAUUAGAGGAUUGAAAGAUUUCCUGUAUGACUUGCAUCCCGAUAAGGAUCCUAAAGAUGACUUGGCUAUUGAGUUCUGGCAGACGGCAUUCAACUGUACUUGGCCGAAGCGCAGCGUGUCCUAUAACACGGACCACAGGAUGAAUGUAACUGGACAAGACAAUCGCGUGUAUGCUAUGUCUGACCACUUUUGCACCGGAGAGGAGAAGUUGGAGGAUAUUAGCAAUAAUACCUACUUUGAUGUGUCAGAACUCAGGAUAACAAACAAUGUUAAACAAUCAGUGUACACUCUAGCCUAUGCCCUGGAUAACCUAAGUAGAUGUCAAGAAACAAUGGGACCUUUUGAGCCACACAAAUUGUGUGCAUACUUACAUGACUUUGAACCAUGGCAGUUGAUGUACUAUUUGAAGACACUCUCCUUUGAAACUCAUGAUGGCCAGCAGAUUAAAAUCAAUGAGGAUGGUGAUACAGAUGGAUUUUAUGAAAUUUUAAAUUGGCAGAUGAAUGAGGAUGGUAAAAUUGCCUUUGUGAACGUUGGUAAAUUUUCAUAUGGCCAUCAAGAGUUUGACAUGAUAAUCAAGAACAGUUCAAUCUUAUGGAAUACAGAAAAUUUGGAGCCUCCCCAUUCAGUGUGCACAGAAAGUUGUCAACCUGGAACCAGAAAGGGUAUUCGGCAAGGGGAGCCAAUCUGCUGUUUUGACUGCAUUCCAUGCGCGGAUGGACACAUCUCAAAUAAAACAGAUUCAAGGGAAUGCAUAGCAUGCUAUGAAGAUUACUGGUCCAAUACCCCCAAGAACGAAUGUGUCCUGAAGGAGGUGGAAUUCCUCGCUUACGAUGAAGCCUUAGGAAUCACCCUGGUGACCCUGUCCAUCUUUGGGGCCUUCGUUGUCCUUGCCAUUAUGGCUGUUUAUGUGACUCACAGGAGCACGCCUCUGGUGAAUGCCAAUGACCGAGAGCUGAGCUUCCUCAUCCUGUUCUCUCUCAUCAUCACCCUACUGACGUCCAUCCUCUUCAUCGGCAAGCCGUACACCUGGUCUUGCAUGGCUCGCCAGGUCACCCUCAGUCUUGGGUUUUCCCUGUGUCUUUCCUGUGUUUUAGGAAAGACCAGUUUCCUCUUUUUAACAUACAGGGCAGGUGGAUCAAAGAGCCACUUUGGCCACCGAUGGCCCUCUUACCAGAAAGUCAUUGUGCUGGUCUUCGUUUUAAUCGAGACUGGAGUGUGCAUAGCCUAUUUAGUAAUCAUGCCCCCCUGGGUUUAUAAAAACAUGGACUCGCAGAACAUCAAGAUCAUCCUGGAGUGCAAUGAAGGCUCGAUAGAAUUUCUGUGCUCCGUGUUUGGCAUCGACGUGUUUCUGGCCCUGCUGAGCUUCCUUACGACCUUCGUGGCCCGCACUCUGCCCGAUAACUUCAACGAGGCUAAGUUCAACACCUUUGGGAUGUUGGUGUUCUUCAUUGUCUGGAUCUCAUUUGUCCCGGCCUAUCUGAGCACCAAAGGCAAGUUCAAGGUGGCCGUGGAGAUCUUCGCCAUCCUGGCGUCCAGCUUCGGCUUGCUCGGCUGCCUGUUUGUCCCCAAGUGCUACAUUAUCUUGCUGCGGCCGGAGAGGAACACGGAGGAAAUAGUUGGGGGGAAAGUUCCUGCUACUGACAAGGGGGUGACUCUCACCUCGGCCUCCAUCGGCAGUGAGAUCAACAGCACCACCGUGUCCACCGUCGCUCUGGACAACUGA